AUGGUGAGGCCAAUAAGGUAUAUGACCACCAACGCACUUAUAUUGGUAUAUAAUUGAAAAUGAUCAUAAAAAUCUAUCAGUCUUCAGUGUUCACUAAUUGUUUCAAGAUGCCUCAUACAGCCCUUAUUGCAUGUGUCAUCUUAGGAGUAUUUAUUACUUUGUCUGCCGCCCAGUGUGAAAAAAAAUUUAUCAUACAUACAAUAAAAUUAAAAGAUAUCAACUGUCCUCAAAAACGAAUUAUCUCUUACGGAUGCAUGGGUACUUGUACGUCAUACACAAGACCGUCAUCGACGAAUUUUGGGCAGCUUGAACACCACUGCCAAUGUUGUCAGGAUGCCGAGAAAAUAUUUGCUCGAGUACGGAUAUACUGUCCUCAUAAAGUGUACGUUGUUACUUUAGCUGUUCCACGGGAAUGUAGCUGUAGGCCGUGUUCAUUAUUACCCGAUCAUAUCAUUCCAUCAGAGCCAGAUUUUCUACAGAACAAAAGAAGUUUUUUGAAACUUGUAGGAGUUAAUUCUACACGAAAUCUAUAACCGUUGGACCUGCUAAAAAUGAAACGUACUGAACUAUAAAAUAUAUCGCUUCUUUGUGUUUAAUAAAAGUCUGUGAUAUGCAUGUAUGUAGACCUUUAAUUUGUUGUAAAAUUAUUUUUUUAUUUAUAAAGAUAUUUUUAGUUG